AUGUCCGCAAGGCCUCGUCCGCAUUUCUACGGAGGACUUAUGGCUGGUGAUCAGGAUCGCAAUGACACAGGCGAAUUGUGGUCAGCUCCAAGCUUCCUCACUCGAAUUAUGGGGUUUUCCUUCUUCGCGUCGCUAUUCUCGAACACGUACGGCCUUGGCAGCGUCAAGUUACUCGUUUUGGGGAGCAUUAUAGAGACUGGCAGGAGAUUGUGCCAGUGGCUUUUUGAGAGGCUUAGGUUUCAAUACUCCAUCACCAUACAAUUCGGCGAGGGAGACCCUACUUAUGAGUGGAUCAUUCUCUUCUUGACGGAGCAUAACGUGUGGCGUCGAUCGCGUGAUUUCCGUGUAACCGCAAAAAACUCGAGCAGGAAAUGGGGAAUUGAAACAAGCCCUAGCUCGCAACCUGAAGGAAGUGCAGAUUAUGUGCCUACAUAUGAACUCCCACAACUCUUUCGAUGGAAUGGCUAUUGGCUUGAAAUCAAACGGAGCAAAGGGACGCCAACUUAUACACAAAUGGGAGCUCAGUCCCUAUCCACAAUAUUCAUAACGAUUUAUACCCUUGACAUGACCGUCGUUUCCAAACUCGUUGAAAAAGCUCGACUUCGCUACGUCGAAGUCAGCCGGCCAAACGUAAUUAUACAUACGGCUGAUACGCCGCAUUUUGGUCCAACGUUUACGUGGAACAAUGUCAAAUGCAAAAUCCGAAGACCUCUCGACUCUAUUAUCCUCGAGGAGGGGGUUAUUGAUUCGAUUGUAGGCGACGCACGGGAAUUUCUUGAUAUGGAAAACUGGUACAUCGAUGCCGGCAUUCCCCAUCGACGAGGGUAUCUUUUGUAUGGCCCUCCUGGUACAGGCAAAAGCUCCACCAUUCACGCAUUGGCCGGUGAAUUGGGUAUGGAGAUAUACUCUCUUUCGCUAGCCGCGGGUUUCGUCGAUGACUCGUUCCUACAAAGAGCUGCCGCUUCUAUUCCUAAACGAGCGAUUUUUUUGAUCGAAGAUAUUGAUUGUGCAUUCCCUUCCCGAGAGGAGGGAGAGCAUCCGAUGCCGCUACUUCCUGGCUAUCCAGGCAUGAUGGGGUUGGGGCCAAGGUUGCCUUCGCGGACGAGAUCCACCGUCACACUCUCAGGAUUACUCAAUGUAAUCGACGGGGUUGGUAGCGAGGAGGGAAAGCUCUUUUUUGCAACGACUAAUUAUAUCGACCACUUGGACCCGGCACUUCUUCGUCCUGGACGCAUCGACCGCAAAAUACAGUACAAGCUGGCGACAAGGGAACAAGCUACCGCGCUGUUCCUUCGUUUUUUUCCGCAGUCAUACAUUACUUUCGAGGACUCAAAAGUUUCGUCUGUAGACGAAAAGCAGUCUAGGCUUGGUGAACUAGCAAAAACAUUUUCCCAGGGCGUUCCUGAAUACGAGUUCUCAACCGCUGAACUUCAAGGAUAUUUGCUUUCCUGCAAAAAGCAUCCAGAGCAGGCAGCAAUUGGUAUCGGUGCCUGGGUAGAACAAGAGCGAAUCGAACGGAAGGAAAGGAAGGAAAGAGAAAUAGAGAGAAAGGCGAAGGAGCAACAAAGCAGGGACGAGGUAACCCAGAUGCAAUUUGCGAACAUGGGGGGCUUGGGUAUGAUGUCAAAACGGGGAGGUGGGCAGAAGGUCGGUGGUGCACUACGUGGGCCCUCCAUGCCAAAGGCUCUUCCUGGCGCCUCCCUCGUGUCUCUCAGUACCGAUUCUCUGAGUCAACCUGACAUGGCCUUUACGGAUGGUUUUACCAGCGACUCCGAUUCUGUUUCAGUAUCCACCCUUCCUACUGCCGCGUAA